AUGGAAGUAGUGGUGAAGUCAAGUGUGGCUAUCAAGCCAUCCUCGCCAACUCCAUCCCACCUUCGCCGUCACUACCGCUCCUUCAUUGACCAAACCAAUCCCAAAACCUUCAUGCCCACCAUUUACUACUAUCCACCGCCACCGCCACCGCCGAAUGACAUGAACAGCGAUCCCACCGCCGCAAACGCCGGAAGAAUUGACCUUCUCAAGCGAUCCCUGGCGGAUACGUCAUCGCCGAAAAAAAACGCCCAACAACUCAAUCGAUUGUUGCCUUUCUCAAUGGAGAUCACCGGCGUCCAUGAAGACGAGAGGCUAUUGGGCGUUCAAGCCAAUAUCUUCAAGUGCGGUGGCUUGGCCUUGGGCGUUAGUUGGUCCCACAACAUCUGCGAUGCUUUUUGUCUUGUCAAUUUCAUAAACUCGUGGGCGAGUUUGGCACGCGGAAAAGAGAUAACACCUCCGACCACCAUUUCCGCUUCUAUAUUCCCACCCGUAGACAACCUACCAAUGUUCGGAAACAACUCCUCCUCCUCCUCCUCCGAUAUUAAUAAUAUUGAUGAAACCAACAAAAACAUAGCUAAUGAAGAAAACAACAAGAAUGAAGGCAAGAAGGUGGUUGUGACCACCAAGGUUUUCCGAUUCAGUGGCGCAUCCAUAUCUUCACUAAAAGACAAGUAUUCUGAGAAAGGCCGACCCGAACUGAUCCCGACCAGUGUGGAGGCACUAUCAACAUUCAUAUGGACCCGUUUCUACGAAAGCAAGAAAACCCAGAGUAGCAGAUACGUUAUAACUCAAACGGUGAAUCUCCGGAAGAAGGCCGACCCGGGUUUGAAGCUAGAUUCCUGCAUCGGGAACGUUUGUCAAUUUGUUGUGUUACAUCCGGACUUAGAGCUUGUGGAUGGGUCUUCGGGUUACGGCAUUGUGAGGAGGAUGAGGGCGGCGAUAAGGAAGUUCGACGGCGAGUACGUAAAGAAGCUCGAGAAAGGUGACGCGAGCUUGUUUUUUGAAGGGUUUAUGGAUUCGUUCAUAGAAGGAACUUCGAUGUUCAUGUUCAGCAGCAUGAAUAGGUUCCCAUAUUAUGAUGCGGACUUCGGGUGGGGAAGACCCAUUUGGGUUAGCUAUGGUCACUUUGAUUUCAGCAAUAUGGCAGCUAUCUUUCCAACUGAGUCUGGAGAUGGAUCCGUUGAGGUUUGGCUUACUAUGAAGGAAGAUGAUAUGAAGGACCUUCAACUCGAUCAACAAUUUCUCAACGUUAUCUCCUAA